AUGGCGGAGGUGUGGCCUGGAGGGAGCGUCUACACGUCGGAGUCCUCUUGGUCCUCCAGCCUCCACUCGACGCCCACCGGCCUCCACGGUGCCUCCCCGAGCCUCCACGGCGGCGCCCCGUCCGGCCUCCACCUCGACCCGCGCUCGCCACAGCCGCAGUAUGCUCACCAGCCGCACGCAACCGCCGCAGGCAUCCACGGGGAGCGGCAGCCCCCUCCGGCACCCCCGCCGCCGCCACCGCCGCCGCCUCCCACAUCGGUCGCUCCGUCCUGGCACCACGAGAUGGCCCUCGCGGAGCCGGCGGGCGCCUUUGAGCUCCUCUGCCGGAGCGAAAUGCAGGGGCACCUGGGGGAGGCGCACCCGCCCAGCCCCUUCUUCGUGGACCAGAAGAAAGGCAGCUCGACCCCCGCGUCCCCCCACGUCGGGAAGGAGGCCGCCUGCGGGGGAGACGCAGUGCCAAUGACGUACAACCGCAUAGCCGCGGCGGAGGCGGACAAGGCGCGCGGAGCCUUUUCCCCGCACGCCGACUUCGCCAGGGCUUCCUUCAGCGCCGUGCCGCAGGUCUCGGGCGCGGCGCCGACGAAGGAGGUUGCCGGACCCGCCGAAGGACGCAUCAAAUUGGAGGCGCCAUACGUGCCCGAGGGCGUCCCUGCCACGGCCACGCCCACCUCCUCCUGCGCGCCGCGCCAUGACUACAACGCCAACCUGCCGCUGUUUCACCAGCAGCUGCAGCACCACCACCAGCAGGCGGCCUCGUCCUUCCAGGCGGGGCUGGCCGGCUUCCCCGCGAUGCAGCACCAGCAGGCGUCCUACCAGCAGAUGGCGGGGCAGCAGUACUCCUUGCAGCACUCCGCCACGUCCCAGCAGCAGCACCAGCAGUACCAGGGGGCGGGGGGGCCCAUGGGGGCGUGGGGCGCGGCCUACCAGAGCGGCGAGGGCAGCACCUACGGCGGCGACCAGCACUACAACAUCUACGCCCGCUCCGUCUACAUCCAGGGCGGCCCUCAGUACCCUUACCCGGGGUAUCCGGGCAUCGGCGCCUCCCCCGCGGGGCCGUCGCGCCGCCCCACCGUCCCGCAGGGCGUCCUGCCGCCGCCGGGGGUCGCGGCGCCCGCCCUCACGACCCCCAUGAAGGCCCGGCGGAGACGGCGCUGGACGCGGCGGAAAUCGAUCGUGCACACGUGCCCCCACUCGGGCUGCGCCAAGAUCUACGCCAAGUCGUCGCACCUGAAGGCGCACCUGCGCACCCACACGGGCGAGAAGCCGUACACGUGCGACUGGAAGGGCUGCGGCUGGCGCUUCGCGCGCUCCGACGAGCUCACGCGCCACUACCGCAAGCACACGGGCGACCGCCCCUUCCAGUGCCGCCUGUGCGAGCGCGCCUUCUCGCGCUCCGACCACCUCAGCCUCCACAUGAAGCGCCACAUGGCGCUCUGA